AAAACCACCACUUUAAUCAAACGGCGGCGGAGGGCGGCGGCGCUUGAAUUUGAUAAAAAAAAAGGCUAAUGUGAACGGGUGGUGAAGCUGAAUCUGGGCUCUGAUAAUUAUUUGAUUGGGGUUUAUUUAUUUGUUUUGAUUUAGAUUUCUGUAUAGAUCCUGUUAAUUGGGUUUCUAGAUCUGGGGUUUCUAUCCGGAUCAGGUUUUUUUUUUCUUCAUCAAUGGCCGCCGCGUAUACUUUGCCUGUCACGGCUGCCCAGGUGGGGACGUACUUUGUGGGGCAGUACUAUCAGAUGCUACAGAGCCAGCCCGAGUUCGUGCACCAGUUUUACAGCGAUGCAAGCACCAUGCUUCGGAUCGAAGGAAACACGAGAGAGACUGCAACUGCUAUGCUGAAAAUCCACCAACUUGUUAUGUCGCUCAGUUAUACAGGGAUAGAAAUAAAGACUGCACACUCUUUAGAAUCUUGGAACGGCGGAGUUCUAGUGAUGGUUUCGGGUUCCGUGCAUGUGACCAAUUUUAACGUGAGAAAGAAAUUUGUGGAGACCUUUUUCCUUGCGCCUCAAGAAAAGGGAUUCUUUGUUCUCAACGAUGUUUUCCAUUAUGUUGAUGAAGAACAGAUUGUGCAGUAUCCGAUUGCUUAUUUACCUCGAAGCAAUCUUGACGCCAAUCUCAAUUUUUCAGCUACGGUUCCAGAACAAGUAAGCAGCUACAUGCUGGAUGGAGAUAUUCAGCCGAGGGAAUUUGUGGCUCCUGCAAAGGUUCAAGACAACGGUCCACUCAGUAAUUAUAACUAUCUCGACGAACAGCUACAUCAAGAACCUGAAACAGAAAUUAUCGUGGAUAACAAUUUUGCUGUGCAUUCAAACGGUUCAGUUCACGGAACAAUGAACUCUAUACCCGACCAUUUUUCACCCCCGAUCGAGGAACCUGUCGUGGAGACUCAGAAACAUACUUACGCUUCUAUUUUGCAGGUUUCAAAAGGACAAUCUCCUGCAGCAGCGCCCUCUCAGUCCACUGUUAACAAGCCCGUUUCUUCGGAGUCGAAUCACGUACAGGAACCACAAAACCCGAUCGAAGUGUCUGGCGUGGAAACCCCAGAAGAAGCAUAUUUUCUUGACGAUGAAGUUGAAUUAAAGUCGGUUUACGUGAGAAAUGUUCCAUCAACGAUGUCGGCUUCUGAAAUUGGCGAGGAAUUUGAGAAGUUUGGUAAACUGAAGCCUGACGGUGUAGCCAUUAGAACCCGCAAGGAUAUAGAUAUAUGCUAUGCAUUUGUAGAAUUCGAAGAUAUCUCCGGGGUGAAUAAUGCAAUUAAGGCAUCCACGGUUCAGAUUGGCGGUUACCAGCUCUACAUUGAAGGGCGGAGACCCAACAGAAGCUUCUAUUUUCGAGGAGGAAGGGGAAGAGGAGGUAGCAGAGGACGGUUUAGCUAUCACAUGGAAGGAACAAGGGGGCGAUUUGGGGGCCGUGGAUUUGGCAGAUCGAACAAUCAAGAUUCGUUUGACGGUGAUUAUAAUAACAGACCAAGGGGUAAUAACGGUUUCUACAGACAGACAGAAAGGGCCUACUCUGCCAAUCAUCGAGUUACGAGGAUUGGACAACCCUCGUCUGAAUGAACAAGUCUUCGGACAGAGUCUUUCCCGGAAUCUUCUUUUAACAUUUGCCGCCAUAGUUUUCGAUUCUUUCCCCUUUAUUUUAGAAAUUGAAGCAGUAAAUUAUACAUUUUUGGUUGGGGGUUGUCUCUGUUUAUGAUUAUUCUUGUUAUUGUAGUAAUACUGAUGAGAAUUUUGGUUCUUUAUACAAAACAUAGCUGAGUUUUUAAUAUAAUCUGGGAAAUGGAACCUUGUAACUUGGAAGAUCUUUUGAUCACUCUGUGGGGUCAUUCAGAAUUUUUUUUAGUCUACAUAUUUGAAAGUG